UUGGUUUUAAUAGAUGCAAGGAGUGGUGAACAGCUUGGACCUUCUCUUCGUAGGAGACUGAACAUGCUACUAAAUCCUGUUCAGGCAGAACCAAGCUUGAAUUUCUCACCAUAUGAAACUAAUCAUGCUUUGCAUAUAUUUUUUUCCUUGUCAAUAUUAGAUUGGAUUAUAUGAUUCAGGAAUGUAUUUGAUAAGUAGCUUGAUUUAAUCGGUGGGGACUUGUAUGAUGGAUUUCAAUAUUUUACUCUUCCCUUCAAUAUUUCAAUAUUUCUGUAGCUUGAUUCAUUAUUUUUCCUGUCCUCUUUCAUUGGUUGACUCAAAGGAAAACCUCUCUCUCUCACAAUCUGUUAAAAGAAGACAGGAAAAGGAAAUGUCUCUCAUUAAUUUGCUGAAGAGUGUCCUCAUUGAACCCACAAGUGGUAAUAUUGGCAUUGAUUAACCUUCGUGACAGCAGCAACAGGAUAUACGUUUAUUAUUACAACACCUUCUUCAAUGAGUCUCGAAAGAAGAAUCAUUCUGAAAGCUUUUGGGGCUGCGGUAGUAUUGCCAUACCCUGCAAAGGGAAUGAAAGGUGCAGUCCAGAAAGCCGAAGAAAUAUUGGCAAAGACACAUAAUGCCUACAUGCUUCAGCUGUUUGUAAACCUUGCCGAUCCCAAGAUACAUCAUGAAACUACUGGCUCAGGAAUAUGGAAAGGCACUGGAGGGAAAAUUGAUGCACUUUUAUCAGGGAAAGGCAUUGGUGGUACAAUAACAGGUGCUGGGAAAUUUCUUAAAGAACAAAAUCUUAACAAUAAGUUGUGUGGUGUUGGACCUGUUGAACCUCCUAUGCUAUCUAGAGGAAAGCUUGAUGCUGUGGGGGUUUUUGCAAUGGUUCGGUUCCAUCCAAGAUCACAAGACUGGGAUUGAGAACAAAAAGAGACUAACGCCGUCCAUAGCUGAUUAGGAGUUGGUACUUUAUCAAAUCCAGAAUAACAUAUGCAAGAAUUCAGAUAUUGUGCCUCCUGAUUAGGAGUUGGCCACUGUUAUAUCCUUUAAUAUCCUAACUUAUUUUCAGUAUAGACAAAAGCCUUUAGACGUUGUUUAGUUUGGUGACACCACUCUGAAUGCUGUGAAUGGCAAGAAUUCAGAUAUUGUGCCUCCUGUUGUCGUCGUCGUUGUCUAGAUGUGUGUUAUGGGAUUCUACAAAGGCAAUUCUCAACUUUCAAACUAUGGGGAUUCUACCAAGUUUUUUUCUAAUCCUGACAGACUAAUUUAAUCAGAAACUACUGCUCAAGAGUUGCUUGCUCAGAAUUCAAGGAAAGGAUAUUUCCCUAGAACACUUCAUAUUCUUGCUGGAAGAGAGAUGGUCAUGAGAAUCAAGAUCGGUGAAUUCAACCUUCACCAGAAAACAUCUUCUCUUGUGUGUCUCAAUGCAUUGAGAACCCAGAGAUCCUGGAGAAGUUUUCAUGCCUGAGUCAUUUACUGCUCCUGAAAUGAAUGGCAAGAAAAGGAAUUCUAUGAUUGUCAAUGACUCUAUUCCAGAUUCGACACGUAUAGUUGAAGUGUGCACACCAUCUUUCAGCUCAACCAGAAGAAUCCAAGAGUCAUCAAGCACGAGAAGUAAAGAAGAAGAGCAUUAUUACUGAGAUUUAAUCUAGUUUGUUUUAAAAGCUCAAGGACUACAUAUACACCGUCAACCCAAUUAAGCGGAAGACUUGAGGAAAGCUCUUACAUCAUUUGUUGAAUAUGGAUUGCCAUAUACACAAUGAAAAGCACAAACUGGUUGGAGAAUGGGGUUAGGUUAAUUAGGUGCAUCUGCAACUACUUGUCUACUUUUGUGCCAUACACAGUGACGACCACAUAAUGGAAAUUUUGACAUUUAAUUAGCA